AGAAUCUGAAUUCCACAGAGAGUAUAAUGCAAGAAGCUGAAAGGUGAGGACAGUCUGCUGAAGGACAGUCUUCUGAAGGACAUUUAUUAACUGUUCUAUUAACUGAUAUAUUGAUGACAUACACCGGAGAUUACCAAGUGAAGAUUUUAAGAUAUUUUCUAAACACAAGUAAAGUAGAGGAGUUGGACAUUAAUCCAAAAAUCAAACCAUUCAACACUGACAGGAUGACCACUAACAAAUUUAGAAGAGCCUAUUCCCUGCGGAUACCACGUUCUCCAAAACCAGCAUUUGUGGACACUUCUGGAUUUUAUGAUCGUCUUGAGGAAGCAGAAUGUCCAGAAGACCCCCAAGUUAUGAAUGAAAUCUCUGGUAACAGGGACAGCACAAACUUUUCCUGGGAUGUACCCUUAAUUGACGAGGCACCAAAACUCCAACACUGUAGAAAGAAAUGGAUUUCUAGAAGUCUAAGAGUCCCAAAGACCCGUUUAGCUGAUGAAGGACUUUCUGCAGCCCCCACAGAAGAGAUAUAUGAAAAAGAGGAUAUCAGUGGCUCAUGGAAUGACCCUGCAAACACGAACCCAUGUGAGAAGCAAAAGGAGUCAGAUGUGUCUCAGAAGGAAAAAGAGGCUGAAAAUGAGGAGGAUAAACAAAAAUGUAAAAAAAUGAAGCACUACAAAAAGAGCAUCGACCGAGCUUUCCGGCGCGGCUGGGAGAAUUUUCUCACCAACAUCUACACUAUUUCUCUAACAAGGACAUCACAAGAUGCCCCCCAGCUGGUUAAAGCAUUUUAGAUGUCCCAAUACUCACCUGUAGGGUCGUUAGGGGCAUAGUACAUCACAGAAAAAAUCACAUCACCAUUCCAUCAAGGAGCUUAUCAUUAUUGUAAUGCUAUUGAUGGACUUACGCAUUUCGCAUUUCUUCUGUUUCCUAGAACAGGAGCUGAUUACUACAGUCCUUACCCAUUGAUCCCAGGAUAGACUCGCUCUUUAUGAGGAUUAAAAUAAAAUGUUCUAUUUUUUUUUAUUCAACAACAUUACUUUUUUUGCCAAAUUCAAGGCUAGAAUCUUCAGUAUUUAUCAAAUUUGCAGAUGGUGUGAGCAGGAAUGUAAAAAUCUCUACAAUUAUAUAUCAACUAUGUGCAUUCUUAGGUUCAGAUUUAUUUUUUUAUUGAAUAUACAUUUAAAUAUUUGAAUAUAUAUAUAUAUAGUCAAAUGUAGAAAAGAGUCCCAUCACUGUUUCUUUCAGGAAAUAAUCCUUUAUUGAAGUGACAAGAGAGACAGCAAACAGCUAUGUUUUGGACCUACAGUACAUAGCCCUUGGACUAUAUAUAUAUAUAUAAACACACACACAUAAACACAAAAAAAUGCAUUUAAUACAUUUUUAUAAUUUAAUGUAAUUAUUGUUUUAUAUCCAAAAUAUUUAUGUUCCUAUAACUUCCUCUCCCUGUAUAUACAGUAUUUAGUUGAGUGUCCUACAUUUUUCAAUUUUUAUCCACAAUAUGUUCUUCCCUGCCACACCAAUGACGCUUUUAUUGUUGCACAUUUUAUGACCAAAACUUGGCUAACAAAGAAAACUGCACUUUCAUAUACAUUUAUGCUUUUCGAAAAACAAUUUAUUGUAAAGAAAAUAAAUUAUAAAUUAUUAAGAAAAAUAAUAAAUGAAUUUCAAUAUUUAGGUUUAAACUAAUUGUGUAUAUAAAAAAGGGUUUAAAUUAGAUUAAAAUGUGAUUAUUAUAUAUACUAUAUAUAUAUAUAUAUAUAUAUAUAUAUAUAUAUAAGAUUCAUGAAAAUAAGCACUCGCUGGUCCAACGACGUCUGUGACAACAGGAAAAUCUUUUAUUGAUGUGACGUUUUGGGACAAAACCAGUCCCUUCCUCUGUCCCGAAACGUCACAUCAAUAAAAGAUUUUCCUGUUGUCACAGACGUCGUUGGACCAGCGAGUGCUUAUUUUCAUGAAUCUUGUAUUAUCUACAUAGCACCCUGGCAGUUGUUUAAAGAUAGUGGGAGUGAAUAUAUAUAUAGUAUAUUUCUAUCUAGCUAUCUACAUAACAAAUACACAGAUGGAUGAAUUUCUUAAAAAAAGACAUCUGUUAAAAAUUAUAUAUACAGAUAUAUAUUAUUUUUAUUUUUGUGCGACUUUCAUUUUGUUUAUUUUUAAUAUUUCAUUUGAACUACAUUUUUAAGAUAAUAGAUCACUUGAAAAACUGACCAUUGCUGCUUGUAAAUAUAAAUUGCAUGUGUUUAGAGCAAAGGAGAACAUGAACAAAAAUGUUGAGAGAAACUGUAAUCGAUAAUUACAUUUACAUAAAAUCUAUAGAGUUAGAUUACAAUUGAGGCGCAAAAAUUUUUGCACAAACGAUAUAGUGAGAUUGAGAUACAAACAUAUACAUGUCUAAAGAAGUAUAUGUAUAUAUAUAUAUGUCUAUAUAUGUAUAAAUAUGUAUUAAUGUAUUUAUAUGUGUAUAUAUGUAUUUACAGACAUAUAUACACAUAUAAAAACAUUAAUAUAUAUGUAUAUAUAUUUUUAAUAUUUUCAUAUCGUGUAUGCAUAUAUUAUAGUAUGCGAUCAUGUUUGCGCAUACUACAGUAUGCGAUCAUGUUUGGGCAUAUUACAGUAUGCGAUCAGGUAUGUGCAUUUUGCAAAUUCAUUUGUUAAAGUACAUUGGAAUUUAAAAUAUUCAUAAUUACAUGUCGGGUUUACGCUAAUAAGAAUAUGUCAUGGUGUUUGCACGAGAGAGUGGGUAUUUUUUUUUUCUACUUUUUUUCCUCUAUUGACUUCUAUUGGGGAAAAAAUAAUACCGCGCCUCUUGUAAUCUAGCCCAUAGACUUUAAUAAAAUAUAAAAUAGAUAAAUACAUAUAUGAUAGCUAACUUCUAAGUUGUCAUUACAAAAACUUUUGGUAGCCAAUCAGAUGACUUGACAAAAAUUUCAAUAUAUUUAAUGAACUUGAUAUAAAUGAAUCUAUUAUAAGUUAUUAGUCUAAAACAUAUCUGUUGAAACUGCUAUUGAUAAAUGAUAUUGAUAUGAAACAAACCUAAGUGUUACCCUUUAAAACCACAUGUGGCUGAGAUAAUAUAUUUAAUGUAAUUUAAAUUAGUUCAUUUUAAUGUUUUGAUUUUUUUUUUAUAUCAAAUUGAAUUAGAUAACAAGAAAACAGAUGUUAAUUAUGCUUUUGUGUCAGAGCAUCAUGAGCCAAUGUCUAACUUUUCUUCAGUGUUGUAUGAAAGUUAUUUUCCAUGUAACUUGGAGAAAUGCAGAAGAAUAAAAUAUUUGUUAAAAAACAAA